AUGGCCGCUGAGAAGCAAAGUCUGGACUGGAGCAUGAGUGUGUCCAUGAAGAGGUUCCAUGAAGAGGUUCCUAAAGGACAAGAGCAAGCCUAUGGACCAGACCAGUACCUGUCCCUCCAGCCCCUCAUCACGGCAGCCCACUGCCCAGCAGAGGGAGCCAUCGAGGAGCGGCGGGGGGGGCGGUCCCAGGGGUGCGGUGGCGUCGCAGUCGGAACCUGGUCAGCGUCUGAGCCUGAGCCAGGAUGGGUUCGCACCCUCCGCGGCCCAGAGGGAGCUGAGCGCUCACCCGCCGGGCACCCGGGAGGGGACGGGCCGGCGUUAGCACAACUGCAGGCGGACCCCCCGGGGACCGGCGCCCUCGGGCGGCGCGUGAGGCUGGCGACCAGGUGGCCUCGGAGAUCCGGGAGGGCGCGGCACCCGCGGCCGCCGCCGCCACCACUGCUGCGGCUGCUGUUACUGCUGUCCGGACCGGUGCUGAAGGGCGCGGCAGAGAGUCCUUGGGGGCUGCCCUUCUUGGCCGAUGACCCAGUUUCCAUGGCAAAGGUGGUGAUGGCAGACCUGGCACAGCAGAAGGUGGAAAACAAGUCAUGGCCUAGAGGGACGCACUUCCUCCGCUACCACUACCUGUACCUGUCCGAGCCGGGCCCAAGCCUCCCUAAGUUUGUGGCUGUAGGCUACGUGGAUGAUCAGCCUUUUAUCCAGUAUGACAGCCGUAUGGACAAAGCUGAGCCCCAGGCUCCAUGGAUUUCAUCCAAGAAUGCCACAUACUGGGAGGACGAGACCAAGAAGCAGAGGAAAUGGGCAGAGAUUCAUCAGGUGGAGACGCGGAUAGAGAUGGGCUACCACAACCACAGCACCGGCAUACACAGCACUCAGCGCAUGUUUGGCUGUGAGAUCCAGGAAGAUGGCCACUCCAACAGCUUCUAGCUGUUUGGCUAUGAUGGGCAAGACCACCUGUCACUGGACAUGGAAACUCUGAACUGGGUGACAGCUAACCCCAUGGCUCUGUGGACCAAGAGCUGGUGGCAGACAGAGCGCUGCUAUGCUGAGUAUGACAAAGCCUACCUGGAAGGCCCCUGCCUCACCUCCCUGCACAGAUACCUGGAGCUGGGAGGCCAGAGAUUCACCCGGAGAGGUAAGGUUCAGCCUGUGGCUCCCAUUCUCAAGAGCCAUCCCAUUUGACAGAUAAGUCUCUGGGAAAUGAGGAGGCAGGCUGCGUCCCCAGGCUGUGGCCCCCUGGCUCAGGCAAGCCCUCUGGAGUCCAGAAAGAUGGCCAGCUAGCCAACAGCUUUUUGCUGCAGAGUAAGAAGAAAGCCCAGACCUCAGGUCUUUGCUCCAAAUAAGAUAGAGUGUGGAGUUCUGAAGUCUCCCCUGUUCCAAUGUGGUCUUGGGAAUAAAGUCUCUUAAUCUGG